ACGAAAGUUGCCGGCGCUGAAAGUCCCUAAACUUGUCAUUGACUUUCCAAAGUUUAUUAAUUAAUUUUAGCAUCUCAUCAGUUUUAAACAAAUUUGCACACACUAUCAACAGUUUUUAUAAUGGCUGGAUUAUUUAGCACAGUUGUACGAAGGGCUCCUCAAUUAUUAAAAACUGCAAUUCCGGCUGUAAAAAGUAAUGUAUUCAGAAACUUCUCUAUUGCCCCCACUUUGUGUGCUCCUAGGGUCCAACACCCUGCUCCUGAUUUUAAAGGAACAGCGGUCAUAAAUGAUGGCUUUAAAGAGAUACAAUUGAGUGAUUAUAAGGGAAAAUACGUUGUUCUAGUUUUUUAUCCUCUUGAUUUCACUUUUGUAUGCCCCACUGAACUGAUUGCGUUAGAUGAACGGUAUGAUGAUUUUAAAAAUCUUAACGCUGAAGUUAUUGGUUGUUCUAUUGAUUCACAUUUCUCACAUUUAGGGUGGAUGAACACAAAAAGAAAUGAAGGAGGAUUGGGUAAAUUGAGGUAUCCUUUACUUUCUGACAUUAACAAAACAAUAGCCAGGGACUACGAUGUCCUGCUUGAGAAAGAGGGUAUUGCCUUAAGAGGUCUUUUCAUUAUUGACCCUAAUGGUAUCCUUAGGCAAAUUACAGUAAAUGAUUUACCAAUAGGACGUUCUGUAGAUGAGGCUCUUAGGUUGAUUGAAGCUAUACAAUUCUUUGAAAAACAUGGAGAAGUGUGUCCAGCUAACUGGAAAAAAGGUAGUAAGACAAUCAAACCUGAUCCUCAAGGAUCUAAAGAAUAUUUCCAAGCUGCUAAUAAGUAAUUAAGUGUUCUGUGUUUGUAAAUUGUUAUGUUGUAAAGAUUUUGAAUAAAUACAAACUUAGUAGA